UCUCUCUCUCUCUCUCCUGUAAAGAGUUCAUCUUGUCUCGGGUGUUUGCUCGUCGUCAGUUUGCUAAACUCUACGUCCGAACCCCCCCCCCCGUGUGUGUCUGAGGAGAGUCUGUACAAGGGUCGGUAAAGAGCCUCCUUCUCUGAUGCGCGAGAGCGAAACUUUCCCACAAAGCCUCGCGGACUUCCGACAGGGAGAGAGACAGAGAAAGAGGCGCUCGCGCUGCGAUUAUCAUUCUGCGCAAACGCACGCGCUCAGCUCGCGCUCCAGCAGCAGCAGCCGUUACAGCGUUCCUCUUUUAAAAAAAGCCGCAGGAACAGCGACCGGUUGUUUUUAUUUAGUUCAACCUAAAGCAAUAAUGCCUUUUAUAUCAACGAUAUAUUAAAUUUUGAGACUUUUACUCACACGGUUUCUCAAAACUUAAUUAACGGGGGAAGGAUUUAAAAAAGAAACAUACCAUUUCUGUCAAAGAUGAACAGCCAAAUGGAAAACGAGACUAGCGAGUACAGCAACGGCUCCGAGGAAGAGGUUCGGACUCUGUUUGUCAGUGGUUUGCCACUGGACAUUAAACCUCGUGAGCUUUACCUGCUGUUCAGGCCAUUUAAGGGAUAUGAAGGGUCGUUGAUCAAACUUACAUCAAAACAGCCGGUCGGCUUUGUGAGCUUUGACAGCAGAUCAGAGGCCGAAGCAGCCAAAAAUGCCCUUAAUGGAGUUCGAUUUGACCCGGAGAUUCCCCAGACUUUGCGGCUCGAGUUCGCCAAAGCCAACACCAAGAUGGCCAAGAGCAAACUAGUGGGGACUCCCAACCCCCCUCCAGCUCAGCAGAGCCCUGGACCGCCCUUCAUCAGUCGAGAAGCUUAUGAGCUCACAGUUCCCGGUCUGUAUCCUAGCAACCCUGACUUGUGGGCAUCAUACCCCCUGUAUCCCGCUGACCUAUCACAUACCCUCGCACCUGCUUUUACCUACCCCUCCUCCCUACAUACUCAGAUUCGUUGGCUCCCUCCAGCUGACGCUCAGGGCUGGAAGUCCAGGCAGUUCUGCUGAAAUAUGUGUUCCUUAUGUGUGAUGGUGGCUAUGGAUGGCCUUGAGCUGCUACCCCCUCAGCCCUCUUUCUCUCUCUUACUUUUUGUGGAUCUCUCCCUCUCUUUCUCUCUCUCUCUCCAGUCACAAAAUCCCAACCAGGACCUCCAGACUCUCCUUCCUUGGUCAUGGACCACAGGUCACCACCUCUUCCCCUGGGUUUAGAAAGCAAAUCAAGACCAGCUCUGCCUCCAUCACACAUUCCUCUCCCCUUUUUUCUACUGUUACACCACUGACACUUUUAUGGAAGGAGUACACACAGGCUUGCAUCUCUCUCUCUCUCUCUCUCUCUCUCUCUCUCUCUCUCUCUCUGCACACGAUUCAGUAAAGCAUUGUCCCAUAAUCAAUCAAACUGUAUAGUACUAUCUAAGAUAUAUUCUCUUUCUCGUUCUGUCUUUUUUCCUAUACUGUGUUCUAAAUUCAUCAUCACUUUGUUCGUUUUCAUCUUUCUUUUCUUUGUCUGUAUAUUUAGUCACAUUUUACAGAUAAGCAAUGCACAGUAUUGUCACUAAAGCCAUAUUCCAAAUUGAAAGAUGAGGCAGCCUCCAGAGGCAGCCUAGGCAGACUACAGUCUGUGCCAUUCUGUUUUUUACUGUUUUAAAGAAGGAUUGUACGUGUGCCAGGAAGUAAAUCCCAUAGUUCUGUUCACUUAAUUUAUUAAGAUUAAGGUAUUGUAUACUAAAAUCUUAAGUUCAUCAUUUCAAAAGGUAACACAACCCUAAAUUGCCAUUUGAGGGUUUUAGAAGGAGUUCAAUCUCUAUUAUAGCCUUUACCCAAAAAUAUUAAAAAACAAACAAACAGAAAGCAGAGUUUAUUGUUUGGGUGCUUUAAGUUCCUAAUACGACUUUAAAUGCUUCAGUGAAGACAGGCUCAACUGCAUUGUAAAACCAUAAAGUCUAUAGAUACGAGACACAGAGACAGUGCUAAAACAUGAUUAUGUUGUGUGCAGAAAGUGUGUAAAUAGACAAAGAUUUGAAGGUUUAGAUUAAUUAGAUUUAUAUUUCAGUAAUAUAAAAUAAUCUCUCAAAAUGUGUCAAUUCAUUUAACACUACAACAAUGAGAAUCUUUUGAUUCACUAAGCAAUUUAAAGCUAACUUUUCCAUAAUACAUUUCAUAUGUUUCUCAAUUUAUUAAACAUUCAAUGUUAAACAUUACUUAAGUCACUUCACAUUUCAUGUGAAAUGCUUAGUUUGAAAAAUGAGUUACAAAAAAAACGAGUAGUGUGUGUGUGUGUGUGUGUGUGUGUUCAGGAUGCAGACAGUGCGUCACUCCUUCUAUUUAAAUGUUGUGGUUGUGUAUUAAUCAAUAUUAUCUUUAUAACCUAUAUUACCGUUGUUGUUGCUAUUUACACUGAUUAUAAUUAGCAAACUGCGAUUAAUUUGAAGCAUGAUGUUAUCAGAGCCAAGAUGCUGUACAUUUUUAGACAUUUUGAAGACAAAUACAGAAGUAUUUUUAUAAUCAGGUGAAUGUUUUAAGUGUGUGUUUGUGUGUGUGUGUGUGUAUGUGUGUGUGUGUGUGUGUGUCAGAUUUCAAGAAGUUUUACUUUUCUGCUUCAUUCCAGCUGCCAAAGACAAUCAUAAUGAAGAUUUCUCAUAAAACGACUUCCUGUUUAACAAUAAUAAUACUAAUAAUGAUAAUAAUAGUACAUAUCAUUUAUUUCAAAACCAAAGACUUACAAAAUAUGUACAUGUGCUGACCGGUUACAUUGCAAUACACAAAGUAUCUAUUAUACCAUCCAUAGAAACGCCGCUAAACACCUCAUCUAUAUAGACUGAGAUGUGAAGGGAGGUUGAUUUAAAUUUUCAAUUUCUUGAAGUUAAAUGAACCAAAUAAUACAUUUUCCUGUGAUACCAAUACAGACUGUCAAUCAGAAUUGGCAAGUAUACAACAGCUAUAUUAAAAUAUUUAUUUUAAACCUAAAUAUAUUGAAAGACAUACACUGUGCAGAUGAUGUAUGAUCCUCAGGUCUCUAGAUCUAUAGUGAUGAUUUUCCUCUUUUUUAAUAUUAUGAAAGGGGUUUUUUUUCUUUUCAUUUUUGCAACAAAAAUUCAAACACUCCCUAUUAAAGAAAUUAAAAGGUUUGCAGCAUUUGCCAUUGCUGUGUAAUCAUCAGUUGACAAUAUUCAUGAAUGUUUAGUAAUACGAAUUACAGUAAUAAGAAUCACAACUACUGAAGUACGGUAAGACUACGAGGACAAAAGUAACAUACAAUUAGGGGGGUAAAAUGGGGUAUAUAUAUUUAUCUUUAUGUGACGUGUCACAUGUCUGGGAAAACUUGUAAAUAUUCUUUAUUACUAAUAGUUCUCAUGAUUAUAGUUGAAAAUGAAAUAUGUGCUCUUUUGUAUGUAUGUAUGUGAUCCAAAAGUAAAAUUGUAACAUUAUAAAGUAUAACGAUAUUUAAACAUUUUUAUAACUUUGAAAUGGAAAACAAAGCAAAAUCUAUUGUUUCCAGACUUUACCCACAGUGACAUGUAAUGUGUGUCUGUGUGUCAUUUACCCCAGAGCAACUUAUUUGCCAGAUCCUGCUUUCAAGUUUUGUCAGAAAUAUCAUUACAACUUAAACACACUUGAAAGCCAGCACAGUGUCGUAAACCUGACCUUUUAAUAAGCGCUGACAUUCCGAGUUGUGACGAUUACCAACAAUAUGAAUGUCUUUUUGACUUCUUGUUGCUACAGUGAUGACACAAAAAUGUCCAUGUUGCCAGUUUCCUUUCUGACUAAAAACAUUCACCACAUCGUAAACCUCAACCUCGAACUCAUUUGCACAAACUUGGAGUAAUUUUGAAAGCAGCAUUCGACUUAACUCUGUUUCUGGUGUUUUGAAAGUUUUAUAUUUAGAUUUCUUUGUUCUGGUGCGACUUUACUUCAGUAGCCAGACUUAAAUUUGACCAUAGUGUCAGUUUUCUUUACACUCUUAUGUUUUUAAGAAGGUGCUCAGAAACUGUGAGCUGGACAUACAAAACUGUGGAUUCUGUGUGUGUGUGUGUGUGUGUGUGUGUGUGUGUGUGUGUGUGUGUGUGUGUGUGUGUGUAGGACUGCAGCAUGUUUGUUAUUUUCUUCAUUCACUCCAGUGUCUGUAUGAUAUUAGAUAAAAUGUUACCCAAUCGUGUGGUGUGUUUUUGCCAGCAGAUGCUGUAUAAAACAUCUUUGUCUGAAAUAAAGAUUUUUAUAUACGUG